UCGACAUCAGCCGAUCGCGCACAGCACAUGUUUCUGGUUUCUGUAUCAACAGAGGUGACGCGUGUCCACUAAGCCACGAAGAAAAGUCUAAUAAAAUCACGGAUAAAGUUCUCAGGCCAGCUGCUGUGGUGUUCAGGAACAGCUCCAUCACAUCUGUCGCUGCUUUGAAGAGCAACUCCUGGAUCAUUCUUUUCUUUGGCACUAAAACUGGACUGCUGAUCAAGGUUGCUUUAGAUGAGUCCCUCAAACCUGGCUGCCCUACUGUGUUGUACAGUUCAGGGGAGGGUCAAACGUUUUUACCCAAGAUGCUCUUUGUUCAAGUGAAUGCCACAGCCAUUUUCAUUGCCCAGGGAAACCAGAUGAUAAAGGUCCCUGUGGCCCGUUGUGGUGUGUAUCAGACUCUGGGGGACUGCUGGUUGGCCCUGGACCCCUUCUGUGGCUGGUGUGUGUCUCAGAGCAGAUGCAGGUUUCAGCAUGACUGUUCCAACUCGGACUGGGUCUCGGUUCCUGGAACGUCCCAGCAGAGGGACAUUAUGUCUGUCCACAUGAUCAAAAGCACUGGACAGGACAUCACAGUGACAGCUGCACCCAACCUGAACGGAGGCAUACGUUUCUCAUGUGCUUUAGAGAAGUGUGACAGUCCAGGCCCCUCCAACUGUUCCUGCACCUUCUCUAGUGAGAGCUUCCCUGCUGAAGGCCUCAGCCUCAGAGUUACGAUCACAGUCCAGACGGAGACGCUCACUAAAGAUGUGCUUUUGAAAAACUGCUCCAGCAUCAGAGGAAGGCCGACUUCUGCUUUGUGUAUAGAGUGCAUGUCUGCAGGAUGUGUGUGGUCUCUCUCAGGUGAUGAAUGUACCUGGAGAUCAGCAUCCUCAGAGAACUUGACCACCAGAGAGGAUGUGUGUAAACAUUACUCCUCAGUGCUGAACUACACAAGGCCAGAGAUUCUAUCCGUAACGCCUGAUGAGGUUUCCAUACAUGGCCGAAACCGUGCUGUCAUCAAAGGAAGGAACCUGGAAUCAGUCACAAAGGUCCGUUUCCAACGAAACAUGGACUGCAAUCCAAAAGAAUCCCCAGUGUUGUCCCAUUCUGGAAACUCCAGUUCCCAUGAGUCUCUGACGUUCCACAUUCCAAGCAGAACUGUAAGAGGUGCCAUGAGAGUGUGUGUGCUCACGCCGGAUGGACAGUGUCAUGGCAACGCCAAAAUCACCUACGACUCCCCUCCGACCUGCAGCCGUCUGAAACCAAAGACCACUUGGGCCAGUGGGGGCAGAGAGAUCUCGUUAGAGGGCUCUAAAUUGGAGUUUGUGGAGGCGGUCAAACACAGCGGGUCUUCAGAACACCUCAGACUUCACCGCAGAAAUGGGACGCCUGUCUACUCCACCCCUGCUGGUGUGCUGGACUCCUCUGGGUCCAGACAGGUGUCUGUGGAGCUGGUGGUGGGGAACACCUCAGUGACCUGCAGAGAGGAGCUCACCUACCACCCAGACCCACAAUUCACCAGCUUCACCACCACACGCAUCGGCAAUAACAUGCGCAUAGUCAUUCAGAAAUCGGCCGACGCUCUACAGUUGAAGGGGUCAGAGGUGGAUGUUCAGGUCAGACGGGGGGCGGAGUCCUACAGGUGUGUGAUGGACAGGAUUGAGCGCAGCUCUGAUGUGGACUCUGUCAUCUGUGAGGUCAGCAGCGUGACAGACAUCAGCGUAGCUGUGGACACACUGACGGUCCGUGUUGGAGGUUUCUCGGUGGUUUUCCAGACAUCUGACUCUCAGCUGUACAGAAACGUUCUGAUUACUCUCGCGCCGGUCGUGCUUUGCAUUCUUGGUAAAAAAUUCCAUUAUCUACUGCUGUCACAGGAGAAAAGCAAGACCUCCAGUGGAGCUGGAAGCUGUUGAACAGGCAGACAGAGACGACCGCGCUUUUGCCUGUGACUACGGCCGAAUCAUACAGCUGUAGAUGCUUUAGUAAUUAGCUUCUUCAACUAUAUUAAACGGAAGUGGCUACAUCAGCGUGACCGUGGCCCAUUACGUGUACUGUAUGUGAUGUGGACAUUCGGAAUAUUUCUAUUUUUUUUUUUUUUUUUUUGCGUGGCACUUGCGCUCCACUUCAGUUGUGCUUUCAUUGUAUCCUGGGGGUAAAAAAAAAAAGAUACACACUAUCUGUAAACUAUGUGUUAAUGUUGUCUGAACAGUUGUCUGUUAUGGUUAGUUAUAGUUAAUUCAUUAGCAGACAUUGUUAUCCAAAGUGACUUACAAAUGGACAGUAUACUCAGCUAUCUGUUGUUUGUAUCUGUAAUUUGAUAGAAAAACACUAUCUGGCAAGUAAUGUAAUAUUAUAAUUAGCUUGCAUUAAACAUACCAUUAUGUCUGCAAUGACACUCUUCCACGGCAUUGCUUUGCAUGUAUACAAUACAGCACCUCUUGAGGCACAAAGUGGUAUUACAAGGGACUUCAGUACAGUAUGUCAUCAUGCUUCCAUUGGUGGGUAAUUAUUUUGGUAACACAGAGCAUAUGAC